AGGUAAAUAGAGAUCCAGACAAGUACAAAGAUUCGCUCGAUCGUCUGAUGCUGAAUUUGAAAAGUAUAGCUGCGGCUGGUGAUUCUCAUCGUAGGUGGCUGUGGGAAAUGCGACAGUGGAUAAGUUUCGAACGGUUUACGGUCUUGCUCAGUGCAUGCCUGAUUUGUCUCAGCAAGAUUGUGACGCCUGUUUGCUAAAGACAAUCUCGGAUAUAUCAGUAUGUUGUGAGAACAAGGUUGGUGGGAGAGUGAUCAAAUUCAGCUGCAAUAUUAGAUUUGAUCAUGUUCUGUUCUAUGAUCUUACAGUUAUUGAUUCAUUACAAUUGUCAUUGCCCAUCAUUACUGCUCUCGCUCCAUCUACCAAUACUACUUCAUCACAAGGAGGAAGUGCUAGCAGAUCACAAACUGAUGUCAUCAUUAUCGUCCCCAUCGUAGUUUCAGUGUUGGCGAAGAAAGUUCAUCCCUGAACUCCUUGCAAUUUAGUUUGGCAACGAUUGAAGUUGCAACAAAUA